AUGGGUGACAAGAACGCUUCCAAGCGCGGUGCGCAAAGUUUAAAUAAUUCGUUGUCAAAUACGCCCAAUAAACCAGUUCGUUCGAAAAUACCAAAACCGAACGACUGUAAGGAAGGAAAGAAGGAAGAAAAUAGCACUGAAAUACAGGCUAUGUUCCAACAUAUCAUGGACAAGCUUGGUAAGCUUGACGUCAUAGACAGUCGUGUUCAGUCUGUAGAGCACGAACUAAAAGAGAUGAAAAAAUCACUCGAUUUUGUGCACGAAGAGGUCGAAGACCUAAAGAAAGAAAAUGCUAAAUUGAAGAAGUCGGAUGGAGAGACGCAAGAAAGGUUGGCGACCUUAGAAAAGCAGAAUGAUAUGAUGAAAAAUCGUCUCAUUGACCUUCAAACAAGGUCAAUGCGAGACAAUCUCAUAUUUUAUCUCUGAUUUUAUAAUGUCGAAGAAAAAGAAGAGGAAAAUACAACACAAUUAAUUCACAGUAUUCUCGAAAGUCAUCUUGAAAUACAAGACGCAAAGUUGAUUAAGCUAGAUCGAAGUCACAGAAUGGGAAAGAAACAGCAAGGAAAAACACGUGCCAUUGUGGCAAAGUUUAAUUAUUUCCCCGACAAAGUGCGGGUUUUAGCCAUCGCCAAAAAAUUGAAAGAUACUGGAAUAGCAAUCUCGGAGCAGUUCCCGGAGGAGAUUGUCAACAUCAGAAAGAAGCUCAUGCCAGUAUUUAAGAAGGCAAGGGCAGAAGGUAAAAAAGUGAAGAUG